UUUUUUUUUUGCCGUUAACUGUUUAUACCCCCCCCCACUUGUUUUAAAAUAUCUAUCUAAUUUAUUUCUGUAUUUAUAUUUAGUAUGUUCGGCCUAAACCGAAGCGAGGCCGCGCUUGUUAUUUUCACCGGCCGGGUGAGAUGUUGUGAAGAUUAACACGAUUAAGCUGAUCACGUGCUCUGGGAUGGUGAGAUGGAGACGGGACAGAGAGAGCGCGAGGAGUCUGAGGAGGUGAAGCAAUGUGAUCCAUCACUGGCGGACAGCCAGGAUCAAACUGGCUGUGAAGAUUCAGAAGCUCUCCCUUAUCAUCAUACACCAGCAGACCUUGGGGAUUCUAUCCCAGAGGGGGACCGGACAGAGGAGGAGGAGGAGGAGGGAGCAGAUACCCAAACAAAUGAACUAGAAGAGAGUUUAGCGACAGAGGCGGGGAGGUCAAGUUUACUGGACCCAGAAGGAGAUCCUGAAGAGAAAGUGGAACACUUGCUUAAUCAUGAAUCGGAACUUGUAGAACCUUCGGGGAAUCAAGGUGAACCCGAGGAGGACGCAUGGGUCACCUCGAAGGUGGGGGAGUCAUCGGACUCAGGUUCCACCGAUAACACCCUGGAGGACUCGGGCGAGUUCACCGAGGCCUGUCCGGUGGCAGUGUUGGCUGGUGCCACGGAGGAGCUGGGCAGCGGGGUCUCCGAGCCUGGCGCGCCCCCUUUCUCGCACCGUGAUGAGGACGUGACGGCAGAGAGCUGGCGGCUGCACCGGAAGCACGUGUUUGUGCUGAGCGAGGCGGGCAAGCCCAUCUACUCGCGCUACGGCAACGAAGAGGCACUGUCCUCCACCAUGGGGGUCAUGAUGGCUCUGGUGUCAUUCGUUCAGAGCGGGGACAACCUCAUAAGAUCCAUCUACUCUGAGGACCACAAGGUGGUGUUCAUGCAGCACGGUCCCCUGGUCCUGGUCUCAGUCUCUCAAAGCCGGCAGUCGGAGCAGCAGCUCCGGCAGGAGCUCCAGUACGUGUACUACCAGAUCAUCAGCAUGCUGACGCAGGCCAGCGUGACGCGCAUCUUCGAGCGCAAGAAGAACUACGACCUGCGCAGGCUGCUGGCCGGCUCUGAGAAGAUCCUGGAUGGGCUGCUUGACCUGGUGGACACCGACCCCAGCUUCCUGCUGUCCGCCGUGCGCUGCUUACCCCUGGCCUCCUCCCUGCGGGACUCCCUGAGCCAGACCCUGCAGAAAGCCAUCACCCCCAACUUGGUGUUCUCCAUCCUGAUCGCCAAGAGCCAGCUGCUGGCCAUUGUUCAGGAGAAGGCCGUCAUCGAAGACGCCAGGCUGGAGCCGGCCGACCUGCACCUGCUGCUGAACCUCAUUGGGGCCUCCUCCGCUUUCCAGGCCGGGGAGAUCUGGACUCCCAUCUGCCUCCCGCUCUUCAACCCGGACGGCUAUUUCUACGCCUACAUCUCGUACCUGGACCCCCCGCUGUGCACCGUCUGCCUGCUCCUGCUGUCCACCGACAAAGAGGCUUUCUACUCGGUGGCAGAGUGCAAGAGGAAGAUCGAGGAUGGCAUGCGGGCUCAGAACGCUCUGCGGGCUGUGGCGGAGGCUCGGUCCUACAGCGUGACUCAGGUGGGCGUGUCGGACCUCCGGCACUUCAUGUACAAGCCGUUUGACGUGCCGGAGAACCACAAGCAGCUCACACAGUUCACCAGCCCGGAGAUGGAAGCGCCAUACAGCACGGCGGAGGAGAGGGAGCGUCUGUUUGACCUGUACCGCUACCUGCACAGCCGAAUCCACAGCGCCACCCGGCCGCUCAAACUCAUCUACCACGUCGCGGAGAAGGAGACGCUGCUGGCCUGGGUGACCAGUAAGUUCGAGCUGUACACUUGCUUCAGCCCUCUGGUUACCAAGGCCUCUGCCAUCAACGCCAUCACCAAACUGCUCCGCUGGAUCAAGAAAGAGGAGGAGCGUCUUUUCAUCCGCUACCCCCCCAAAUACUCCACCACCCCCAACCCCAGCAAGAGCUCCUGGGGGGGCAAGGGGGGUUCUGACAGACAGGAGACCACCGAAAACGGCUUCCUCUCACUGCCAUAGGGCCCAGGACUGCAGAGCCCCUUUCUCAUUGGCUAGAAACAAGGCUUUCCUAUCUUCCCAAUCCUCUUAUAGAAUAAAACCUUUCUGUUUCUAUUGGAUGAAUCUGCUUCCCUUGCCUGCUGUUGGAGUGCUCUUGAUUUGCCGUGGCGAAAGGCAUGACUUGAAUCGGCUUGUUCGCCUAUUAUAGGGCCCCCUUUGACUCUGAUUGGCUAAAGAUCUGGCCACCUUUCUGGGACACGGUGGCUAAUAAGUUGUGCUUGGCUGAGUUUUUGUUUUUUCCCUCAUUAUUUAUAGGUCAAUAACUGUACCAAUUGGCUCACAACAAGAGCUUGGGAUCACACCUUCACAAAAG